GAUUUAAAUAUGAUUUAAAAACCUUUGAUUUUAUGCCAUAUGUUUCCUCUAUAAAUUGUGCACUUUGAGGACCUUAUUUUCACAUCAACCAAAAUAAGAAUAUCAUAUAAUAUAACUCACUAUUCCUCUCUCUCUCUCAAUGGCAUUGAAGGUUGUAAUGGUGUUGUUCCUUGCAAUGCUUGUGUUGACAGAGCAUAAUGCUAUGGCCCAAGACGACCGUAGCGCAAUAUGUGCAGCACUCUGUGCAGCUAGGUGCUUAAAAAGGCCGAUAUGCCUAACUCUGUGCCUUGCCGGUUGCUUUGCAACUACAAACACAGAUGAAUCAGUUGUUACUGACAUUGCAACUCGUAAUCAUGUUUGUAAUAUUGGAUGUUCCAUCGGCCAUUGCUCCAAGUUUCUCGUUCAAAAUGAAAAAGAGAAGUUUGGAAGUUGCAUGACAAAUUGCAGUGAGAACUAUUGCAUUGGCACUGCUCUGGCUGCUUAAGAACAAGUUCUAAUAUAAAUAAGUACAAUUAUGGCCACUAAGUAUGUGUCUAUGACACUAUAUUAUGUACUUAAGCUACUAAAUGCUUUUGUGGUUGUAAUUUCUAUGUUAUGUGUGUAAUUGUGUUAUUAUUGAAUAAAACUCUAGUGCUUCCUAAUAAAGCACUAAAGAUUUUAUUUCCAA